CGCUGAUUGACAGUUGGCGAACGACUGCGGACGGCGCAGGAUCUAAAACCGUGCUAGGCGCUGCUCUCCACGCUCGCUCGCGCUCCGCUCGCUCUUCUCUUACCCGUGUGAUCUACCCGGUCGCUUUUUCGUGGGGGAAACCUGAAACACGCAUAUCCCCGUGGCUGCCUACGACCCGCUGCGCGCCCGCUUACGUGUAACACACUACGAACGAACCUACCACCUUCUCUGUCCGCCGGAGUUACGAGUGCCACACGCAGUAGUAGUCACGGUCAGGGAGGAGGGUCGCCCGCCGUCUCGCGGACAACUCUCGCUGUGGUCUCCUCUCUCGACUCGCGUCCGUUCGUUCGUACGUUCGGUGAAUCUUACGGUGAUAGCCGUGCACUUCGUCGUGAGUAGCAAACGCGUCGGAUCGUGUCGCGUGGUGCCCCAUCAUAUUGUUGUCGUUCCCUUCCACGUAGCACACGCGUUUCGUGCCCCCUGUCUUUCUCUGUGUGUGUCUCUCUCUCUCUCUCUCUUUCUCUCUCUCUUUCUCUCUCUCUCUCCCGCGCUCGUUCGUGCUCUCUCGCUCGCUCGCUCGCUCGCGUAAUCGGUAGUUCCCGUAACGUAACCCUCGGUUCGCGCGCGUGAUAUCGCUUCGAAAACCGGCGCGACGUAAAGGCGGCAACCUCGGAGAUACGUAUCGCGGCGGGAUUGCCGCGGUGGCAACGUCGCCGCCACUGUGUGUGUCUUCGCGAGUUCGCGCUCUUUCGCGUAACCUCGUCCGAGUAUCCGCUAGAGGCUCGAGCGCGACAUCGGUUGACUGUGCGACGGUGGUGCGAUCGUCAUCAGUGCUUGCGCGCCAUUGACGCCCGUCGUCGUCGUCGUCGUCGGCGGGGCGUCAUCGUGGCUUCCACAUUCUCGUGCUGGUGUCGUUAACUGGAGGAUGUAACGUGUUCUGUCAGUGACAUCAUCGGUGAUCAUCGGUUGUUCAUGUGCUACGACGACACACAGUGAUAGAAACGAUACGACACAGGAGAGACCGUCCUGACGCGCCGCGUCUCGCCUUAUGUGAAUGUGUCAAGUACACGGAGAGUGGACGGAAAGAGAACACGACUCGGCCACCUUUCCUCGCCUUUUCCUCGAGAAGCCACCGACCGAGAGGAAAACGCGCGCCGUCUCGAUGCGGCGCGUCCGGCUCGCAGGCCUCGCGACCACCUCGCGCGCCAACGCGCACUAGAUGCAUCCCCGACGACGCCGCGUCUGCCGUCGUCGAGAGAAGAAUCGCUCGCGAGAGCUCGCGUCGAACGGCGUAGUCGCUGCUCCGCGACGUAAGGAGAGACAGUUGCGCGGCAAUACGACACGUGGCUUACCGAUAUGCAGCACUGACGCGAGAGUGCGGGUGUGCGAGACUUUACCAGAGAGAGUACGCUUGCCUGCGUACCAACGUUCCUAGACGUCCGAGGCGAGUGUCACCGCCGUCGCCGCCGCCGCCGCCGCGACCUACGACGAUGAUAAUGAAGAAGCACGUGUCUCCGCUCGCAGACGUCGUCGCCGUGGUUCUGCUGCUAUCGCGAGCGCUCGCCGUGCUCUGCUGACGCUUGUCCGCGACGUUCGUCCGUAACGAUUCUCUCCCGUGAGCUGCUACCUGGCCGAGAGUGCGACGUCGUCUAAGUGAGAACACAAGCGGAGAGAGCAAAUAGGCACGAAAGGAGAGACGAGUCGAACCCGGAUACGAGAUUCGUACGGACCGCAUCUUUACGACGAUUAGUUCGAAGGAGAAAAAAGGGAAAAAAGAAAAACUAACGACACACAGAAAUAACUACGUUCUGUGAUUGGCCGACGGCUAUUGACACAGCCGGCAAUUCGGUCUCGCUCAUUGUUGCACGACGCUCAAUUUUCGUGAAAGUCCGACGUCACGCAGCGUGUCGAAGCGUUUUUAGGCGCGUUAAACGCGCGCUCGACAGUGUCGACCGAGUGUAGUGAAGUGUCGAGGCUUACUUCCUUACACUGUGGGAAAAUACAGCCGCUACGGUGGCUCAGCACGCAGAGUUCCCCGGCGCGGCCAGGGCGUUCAUGGCGCAGCCAAGGUAUGACGAUGGCGGGCUGCACGGGGGUUACCUCGAGGGCGGAGGUGGCGGUGGUGGCGCAGGGCUCUACGAUCCACACGGUAGUGCCCGUGGCGUUCCCGGUCUUCAUCACAGUCCACACCUUGGGGGAAUGGGUCCAGCUCACCCCCAGUAUCCACCGCCCCCGCCUCAGCCGCCCCAGCACGUUCUCGCGGCGGCAGCUGCGGCCGCAGCCUCCGCGGUUCCGGAUGUUCACAAACGCGACAAGGACGCCAUAUACGGACAUCCCCUGUUCCCGCUGCUCGCGCUCAUAUUCGAGAAGUGCGAACUGGCGACGUGUACGCCGCGCGAACCUGGUGUAGCGGGUGGUGACGUCUGUUCGUCCGAAAGCUUCAACGAGGAUAUCGCCGUAUUUUCAAAACAGAUCAGACAAGAGAAGCCGUACUACAUCGCGGAUCCGGAGGUGGACUCGCUAAUGGUUCAGGCGAUUCAGGUCCUCCGGUUUCACCUCCUCGAGCUCGAAAAGGUGCACGAACUUUGCGACAAUUUCUGCCACCGGUACAUCAGCUGUCUAAAGGGCAAGAUGCCGAUAGAUCUAGUGAUCGACGAUCGGGAGAGUUCGAAGCCACCUGAGUUGGGUAACGGUCUCGACGGCAGCGGACCCAGGAGCACCGCCGACAGCACCAGCCACACGGACGGAGCCAGCACGCCGGACGUCAGGCCACCUUCUUCGUCACUUUCGUAUCCGGGCGCGGGUGCUAACGAUGAUGCACGUAGUCCCGGAAGCGGUGGCACACCUGGACCUCUCAGUCAGCAAGCGCCAGCCAGCCUGGAUUCAUCAGAUCCUGAUGCUAUGGGCAAAUGGUGUCCGCGUAGAGAGUGGAGUUCGCCACCUGACGCGCAACGCGCGGCGAGCGACGCGCGUCGCGGCGUGCUUUAUUCGUCCGUCUUCCUCGGCAGUCCCGCAGGUGACGCGAGUAACGCGAGUAUUGGUAGUGGCGAGGGCACGGGAGAGGAGGACGACGAUUCGUCGGGCAAGAAGAACCAAAAGAAGCGAGGAAUCUUUCCCAAGGUCGCGACCAACAUCCUCAGGGCGUGGCUGUUCCAGCAUCUCACGCAUCCGUACCCCUCGGAAGACCAGAAAAAGCAGUUGGCACAGGACACGGGGUUGACGAUUCUUCAAGUUAAUAAUUGGUUUAUCAAUGCAAGGCGUAGAAUUGUCCAGCCGAUGAUCGAUCAAAGUAAUCGAGCUGUGUUUCCACCAUUGUCCGCAGGACCGAGCGGGGCAUACAGUCCGGAAGCGACGAUGGGCUACAUGAUGGACGGACAGGCGGCCAGCAUGAUACACCGGCCGCCCACCGAUCCUACGUUCCACAAUCAGUACCAUUACCCGUCAGAGUACUAUGGACAUCACUUAUAAAGGAGCACUUUCGGAAGAAUGGAAUGCACGAUGGAACGACGGUUCUAACGACACGAGAAGCGCGUGACAGACGCACCGUGCUCCAGCUGGCGUAGGCCAGGAUCGGAGGACAACGAUGAUCCGUGGCCUUCAGGACGAUCGCCACGGUAGGUCCCGACGAUUUCUUGCUACGUCGCACGUCGAAAUCCGUGACGAUCGGGAGGUGUUCGAAACGCGAGGAGGACAGGGAGAGAAAGAAAGAAAGAGAGAGGUGAGGAAGGACGAAGGAAUGGGAUUCCCGGCUCCAGGAGGUAGGACGAGAAGUCGGUGGAAACGCCGUGGGAAGCCGACUAGCAGAGAAGGAACAAGAUAUUGGUAGAAUCGUCGAAGAGGUGGAAGGACGGUUACGCGCGACGGCAGGAGUCGACGCGCCGCGGAAGAGCGUCGGCGGCGACGCGCGAUGGAAGGACACGAGGAGGGAUGAAGUCGCGGCCUGGCCCGGAAAGUGACGCGGCCGCGAAGAAAUUCAUGUGAUUGUUCUUUGUACAAAUAUCGCGGUGUAAUAUUGUAGUGAUGGAAGAAUUUAAAUGUUAAAUUUUAAUACGGUCGCGAUCGAGAUAUAUUAAUGAGAUAUAAGUGAUAUAGGCAAUUUAGCGGGCAUGUACAUUAAAAGAGACGGAGGAAACGGAAAAGAGGCAAACCCGGUGCUCGCACGGAAGAUAAAGGGUAUGUCCACGUGCACAGACAACACGAAAGAGGUAUAAAGCGAGAGACAUACAGAAAAAGUUGGAGAGUAUAUAUAUAUAUAUAUAUAUACAUAUAUAUGUGUGUGUAUAUAUAUAUUAUAAAUAAAUAUAUAAAUAGAGCGAAAGAGAGAGAGAGAGCGAGCGAGAGAGAGAGAGAGAGAGAGAGAGAGAGAGAGAGAGAGAGAGAGAGACACACACAAAGGAUGAAAGAAAAGAGAAAGAAGAUUAUUAAAUGGGGUAUGAAGAAGAUGUGUUUAAAGGUAUAUAAAAAAUAAAAUGAACGCAAGGCGGAAGAGAGAAAGAAAGGAGAAUUAGGCCGAAUGACAUCGACGCGUGUGCCGGACUCGAGCGUCGACCAUUCACUUGCAUAUAUAUAUAGGAGACAUUAAAAAUUUGUACAGUUAUUAAUUAUAAAUGAAUUUACUAAUUAAAGGAAGAAUAUAUUAUAUAUAUAUAAAUAUAUAUACAUGACGGAGUAAAGUGUGGCCCCGGUUGUAAUAUAAGUCGAGCGUUGUAGUUGGACUGGGACGAUUAUUGGUAUAUUGCCGACGCGUACUAACAGAAGAGAAAAUCUCCGCGCGAACCGAGAAAGAGAAAGAGGAGCGGAAGACGCGAGUGGCGCGAGUGAGAGAAUAUACGAGAGUAAACGCGUGCUGAUUAUAGUUAUAAAUAAAAACGAGAUAUAGAUACCUGCGCGCGCGAGCGAGAGAGAGAGAGUUUGAAUGCGAAAGUGAGAAAGAAAGAGAGCGAGCGAAAGAGAGAGAGCGAAAGAGAAUGAGAGAGAGAGAGCGAGAUAGAGAGAAAGAGAGGAUUGAUGCUCUUCGUCGUGCACUCGAUGACGCAGCGAUAUCCCUCCGAGAGAGUCCCACCCUCUAAAACCCAACCCAAUCCAACCCCCGCUCCCGCACAGGCGACAUUCAUCCACAAAUAUACACACACAUACACUAAAGACACUACCCUCUCAGAUUCGCGGAGAGAGACGCGUGUGUACGAACUCACAAACACAGCUAGGCUGUAUGUGUUGCACACAUACAGUCCUACGAAACACAGCUCUCCCACGACCAUAAGAAUAAUUGAACGGAAGAGAGUACACGUUUUGCAGUUUAUUAUAAUAUAUUCUGUAUAAAUAGUUAAUUCAAUUGCAAAAAUACGAAGAGGGAGAAGGCGGAAUCGAACGGGAGGACCGGUCUGCGAGCGUGAGCGCGCGCUCGUUUUUCCGGCGCGUCGGCUUUUCUCGCGUCGGGAAAGGGAAAGCGCCGGAGAGAACAAAGGGUUGGGCGGGAGAUCGAGAGGAACGAUUUAAUCGUAAUUUCCUUUAUUCGUAUCUCAAAUAAGAGUCCGCGGGCGGAAAAUGCGCCGAACGCAAUGAGAGGGAGAGUGACGCGCGAGAUGAGAGAAGGCAUACGCGGCGGGGGGAAAGCAUGAGACCACGUGAGAAAACAGCGCGCGCACGCGUACGAUGUUGAGAAUGAAGCAAUUAUUAUUAUCGAUGUACACUAAUAGCUCCAACACGAUUUUUUCUUAACUGUUCUCUCACACGUUUCAUUAAUUCGCCAAACAUCUGGGCCUAGUUUUAGCGUCAUUUUUCUCCAUUUCUGCCCGACAUUACAUCAUCGAACCUGGACGAUCGCGAGUCGAGGUCAGAUCGUGACAAAAAUUGCAGUCAUGGGAUAAAAAUUGCAGUCAGGGAACAAAAAUUGCAGUCAAUAGCAAAAUUGCAGUUUCUCGUCAAAUAUUUGCGGAAAAAGUCGGGAGACACGAGUACAUUUGACACGAUUGACUUUUGCCGAACAUGUAUCGUGUUUGCUGAAGUCUCGUCGAGUCACCGAAAAGAAGUGCGAUUUUCGUCGCAGCAGUGAUUGGACGACAGCUCGGGUCGAGGACGAAACUUGGUACGUGUUCAGAACACACAUCUUUCGCUUUCUUAAUUCCGAGUCUGACACUCGCGCUCGCAAAUACGAUCGUCAAGGUGCUCAUAGUUGCGCUCGCAGACAGAGUCUCUCUCUCGAAAGCAAUUGACAGCAGGGGAGCCCUUUCGAAUCCGACACUUUCCUCAUCCUUUCCUCGUCUCGACGAAGACGGACCACAGUAUCGACGCGGCCACCCGUCUUUCGUUCUCGUAUAUGCGCGCGUUUAAAUUCGCAACUCAUCGUCACGGUCGAAAACACGAAUUUUUCGAUUGUACUUUCGACCUUGCCCCUCAGCCUUCUUUCCUUUCCGUUUUCACACGCUCGUUCUUCGUCACCGAUUCCGUUGUCCGUCAGUGUGUCUUUGUUGUCUCGAACGAGAUUCGUCCUAUGCAUCUGUUAAGAUUACCGUUUUCUUGUCUCGCGUGAGAUGUAUUAGUUCCGUAGGUGCGAUCGAACGAAAGAGGAAGUAGGACGCAAUCAAUUUCCAAUCUGUAUUUAAUCUCUUCCAGUCGCUUGUCCCUCGUUCCUCCCUCGUGUGUGUGUCGCGGAGUUGCCAGGAAUCUCUAUAUUUCUAUACGAAUCUUAUCGCGUGCGCGUCCCUAAUAUACGUAAAAUGAUGUUAGCGAGCAAACGAUGAAAGAGAAAAAUAAAAGAGAAAGAGAUAAACGGACACGCGAGCGAGUGAACAGGAGCGAGGGGGAAGAGAAGCGCUUUAGAAGAAGGGGAUUGAAUUUUCGAGAGACCUUUAUAACGCGAUACCGCCAGACAGAUCACAUGUUUAUUAAGAGAAAAAAAUUUAAUGAAAUUAAAACGUCGAUUAUACGCGAGAGCGGAUUCACACGACGCGAAUAAGGGUACGAAGUAAUAAAGCAAAGAGAAAAAAGGGGGAAAAACGCGCCCCUCGUUGACGUCACGCGCGUCAUGCGAGGACGCGUGUCUCGUUGAUCUCUCGACGAUCGAGACGCGACGGUUCGUUCGGAAGGAUGGAUCGCCGGAACCGUCCUCUUCUCCUGAUCGACGGAGCGCGACGAGCGAAACGAGAGGACGACAAGAGUAGAGGAGGAGGAGGAGGAGGAAUAGUAGUAGGUGGGAGGGGAGGAGGAGGAGGAGGAGGUAGCAAGAAGUGAAAAUGUCAGAAAGAGGAAAAAGGCAGAAAGAGCAUAAGACAAAAAUUUUAUCGAUAUUUUCAAUACGCCCGCAUACACGCAAAUCUUGUAUAAAAAUUUUAAUGUAACACACUGCUCCCUGCCGAGCCGCGACCGAGCCGCGCGUCGGCAAGCCGCCGAUGCACCUCGAAAUCUGUCGUCCGAAGUCUAGCCAAGGAAAGAUCGCGAGACGGAUGUCGUGUGAACGAGUCGAUCCUCGGGAUCGCCUCGAGAGACACCCCCUCGGCUCCGACACAUUCGAUUCCUCCGUUCGGAAAGAGGUACGCCGGCGGCGUCGCGCGUCGCGUGGCUCUCGCGCGACAGAUCUCGGCGUUCUAGUAUACUAAAGUAAACUGAAAGAAAAGUAAUAAAGAGAGAUAACCCACGUAUACCGAAAGACUCAGGUGCGAGAAAAGUCAGUAUAUAGUUACGGUCCUGAAAUUGGACGAGAAUUACCACACGAAUUCGUAAGUUAAUUGUCGCGCGCGCGACAUAGACGCACGUGCGUGGCUUCUCUACGUGACGCGCGCCGAUCGAUCGUGCUCGAUCCUCGACCGUCUCGACCGAACGGUGUAGGAAGCGCGAGGAAGGAGCCCCCUUUGCCUUGCGGGGGCUCCUCUUGCGAGAAUCCAUCCGGGCCCUUCGACGCGCCGCGCGAACCUUCUCGUCGGGGAGAUCGGUCGCGAUCACACCGGGUGAAAAUGGUAUACGAUAAGGGGACGGACGGACAAAUUGUAUACGUUGCGCGCGAGAAAUCGCGCGGCGCCGAGAUUACGCAUGCGAGACCUCGACGAAUAUCUCUUUCUUCAUCUGACGCGACGAUUUUUCUUUUUUACGAGUCUCAUCAUAUUUGAACGUAACUUCAGCGCUCGCUAAUUUCAGCACUCGCGCGCCGGAUUUUGCGUCAGAAUUUCGUAGUAAAAGUUACUGUAGGGUUCUGUAACCGAGGAAUAGAUUGAAAUUCUGCACAGUGAUUAAUUAUCUUUUCAUUUCAUAUAUGCUAGUUAUGCUUUUGGCAACAGAAAUGUACUGCUAAAAUAUUUUCUGUGUUUCUAGCGAAAUUUACUAUGUUUCUUAGCAACAUAGAUCUUAUAUCAACAGUCUAUUCUUGGGCUACUGAAAACACAGUGAAAUUAAAAAGAAUUUAAAAAAAGAAAGAUAUUCUUUCCGUAUAGCUUUCCGAUUACGAGGGUGACGCUCGUCCCUCGCGGAUUUUCUUGAACGAGGACCACGCGAGCGAGUUCUAGCGCACGCGAUCUCGGCGAUUCUCAGCAUAAGAGAGUAAUCUAUAUCUAGAAAUAGUUAUCGUGAA